UAAUCAACGCACAGAGUCGCAAGUUUGAAGUGUACGUCCAGAGCCCGAUUAGACAUUCUCUGGUACGUCUUAAAAGAGGGGUGGGAUCAAUACAGUAAUUGCAAUAUGAUGACAAUAGACACUAUGUCAGUUGUGCGUUCGUAAAUAAAACAGAAAUAUGAUUUGGAAUUCAGUGUGUACAGCGACUUUAGUCCAAAGGGACUGGUCUCUUUAGAUUUUGAGCAACGCAGUUUUUUCAGUGGACGGUGCGUGUAACGUGAGGCUUGGCUUGACACGGUCGGUCCACCCACCAACACCAUCUAGGCCAGAUACACAGAAAUUCUUUACCACACAGAUGCCAGGUGAUUGCUGACGCUUGAUCCCAGUUUUCCCCCCAGCCGCCCCAUCCCAAGGCUGAGCUCUAUGAUUUGCGGAGAGACCAUGUCUGCCGUCAACAUCACCAGCGACCUCCUGCACAGGCAGAUCAGGGAAAAGAGGGCGUUGGGCUUCCAGAGGCAUUAUCAUGUGACUGAUCCCUUCAUCAAUAGACUGGGUCUGGAAGCAGAGCUGCAGGGCCACUCUGGUUGUGUGAAUUGCCUGGAAUGGAAUGAAAAUGGAGAUCUGUUAGCAUCUGGCUCAGAUGACCAGCAUGCCAUAGUCUGGGAUCCUUUCAGACACAAGAAGCUGAUCACCAUGCACACUGGCCAUGCAGCUAACAUCUUCUCUGUGAAGUUCCUGCCUCACUCAGGCGACCGCAUCCUAGUGACCGGUGCGGCCGACACCAAAGUGCACGUGCACGACCUGACGGUCAAGGAGACCACCCACAUGUUUUCUGACCACACCAACCGCGUGAAGCGCAUCGCUACGGCACCCAUGUGGCCGAACACCUUCUGGAGCGCAGCCGAGGACGGCGUCAUCAGGCAGUACGACUUGCGAGAGAGCAGUAAGCGUUCUGAAGUACUCAUCGACCUAACGGAGUACUGCGGCCAGCUGGUAGAAGCCAAGUGCCUAGCGGUGAACCCGCGUGACAACAAUUACCUGGCCGUAGGAGCCAAUGGGCCCUUCGUACGUCUCUAUGACAUCCGUAUGAUUCACAAUCACAGGAAGUCCAUGACCCAGAACCCCACUGAUGGCGUGCAUACGUUUUGUGAGAGGCGGAAGCCUAUUCCCGACGGAGCCGGACAGUAUUAUGUGGCAGGUCACCUUCCCGUGAAGCUGCCGGACUACAAUAACCGUCUGAGAGUGUUAGUGGCCACUUACGUGACGUUCAGUCCUGAUGGCACUGAGCUGCUGGUCAACAUGGGAGGAGAACAAGUAUACCUAUUUGACCUGAUGUUCAAACAGAGGCCAUACACUUUCCUGCUACCCAAAAAGUGCCAAUCAUCAUCUGAGGUGCAAAAUGGCAAGACAACCAACGGAGUGACCAAUGGCAUCCACCUGCCAGCAAGUCGCCUCCGGUUCUCUGACAGCAAGAACAGAGGCUCCUCUGAGCUGCCCCCUCACCUGGAGCGGAUAAAGCAGCAAGCAAACGAUGCGUUCGCCCGUCAGCAGUGGACUCAGGCCAUCCAGCUGUACAGCCUCGGCAUCCACGAGGCCAGCCGCAACGCCAUGCUCUAUGGCAACCGUGCCGCAGCCUACAUGAAGAGGAAGUGGGAUGGAGACCACUACGAUGCCCUGCGGGACUGCCUGAAGGCCCUGUCCCUGAACCCCAGCCACCUGAAGGCCCACUUCCGGCUGGCCCGCUGCCUCUUCGAGCUCAAGUAUGUGGCCGAGGCCCUGGAGUGCCUGGACGACUUCAAGGGCAAGUUUCCUGAGCAGGCGCACAGCAGCGCCUGUGACGCCCUCGACAAGGACAUCAAGGCUGCCCUCUUUGCCAAGACGGACUCAUCGGAAGACAAGAAGGGGAACAGCUCAAUACGUUUCCACAACUUCAGCCGGAAGGAGUCCAUCCUGGAAGACGAGAUCGUGCUACGAGAGCGCAGCUUUGACUAUAAGCACCGCUACUGUGGCCACUGCAACACCACCACGGACAUCAAAGAGGCCAACUUCUUCGGCAGUAAAGGGCAGUAUAUUGUGAGUGGGUCGGACGACGGCUCCUUCUUCAUCUGGGAGAAGGAGACGACCAACCUUGUGCGCAUCCUGCAGGGGGACGAGUCGAUAGUGAACUGCCUGCAGCCCCACCCCAGCUACUGUUUCCUGGCCACCAGUGGCAUCGACCCUGUGGUGCGGCUCUGGAACCCCAGGCCAGAGUCAGAGCGGGAGAAUGGGCGCGUGGUGGAAGACAUGGAGGGGGCGGCACAGGCCAACCAGCGGCGCAUGAAUGCCGACCCGCUGGAGGUGAUGCUGCUGAACAUGGGCUACCGCAUCACGGGCCUGAGCAGCCGCGGGCCCGAGGGCUCCGACGAUGAGGACAGCUCCGAGGGACAGGUGCAAUGUCGGCCCAGCUAGGACUAGCGCCACCCGCCCCCCCCCUCCGGGGGCAGCCCCCCCUGCCGUCGCCGCACCGUCAGGGUUCCCAAACGGAGAGCGAAGAAAAGACACAAACCCCACACCUGUUCCCACGGCCAGCCCGACACACACCUCCUUCUCACCGCCAGCACGGAGAAGGGAUGCUACGUCAGACGAGACGACCAGCCGCCCCGAAGCCACCUGCGCUCGGACUUCUUGUCCUGCGCCAUGCCCACACCCUUGCUUCAUGUUUGUGCGCGUGUGCUUUGUGUAAAAACAAACAAACAAAAAUGCAAAGCUAAUAUAGCAACAGUGCACCUCCACCUUAGAUGCUCUUGUGGCUGUUUUUGUUUUGGAUUUGAUCUUGUUUGCUCAUAUGCACCCCACCCCCUCCUUUUUCUUAAAUGAGGAAAGAGCGAGUGGCACCUCUAGCUGUGGUGCAGCUUCACCCACUCUCCUAUCUGCCUGGCCCACCCUCCUAUCUGCCUGGCCCAUAUUGUGGGGGAGACUGGCCUUGGGGUAUGGUGAAGUUUUGUGUGUGUGGGGGGUUAAUGGUGAGGAUCACCUUUUGGAGGUAGGGGUGGGGAUGCGGCGGCGGCGGGUUGUGCGGCGUGUCUUGGUGCUGUCGGGUCAGCCUGCUGCUGACUCCAUGCUGCUAUCCGAGAUCUCCCUGUUGCCACGGCAACGAGGUCACUCUAUGGAGAGGCCGCACCUCUCUAGAGUCCACCUCCUCUCCCCACUGCACACCGCCAUCAGAGAAGACACUUUAACAAACUUGGCACACCCUCACCUCUGUAGCAAACUACAUUCACUAGAGUAGGAAUGUGCAGAGGCCACAUCUCUCAUACUUUACUAUUUUGGUUGGCACAUGGAGGGAGGGAUGGGUUCAAAGCUUUGUUCCAAAGUCAGUUUUCUGUAGUGAUGGUUGGGGUCUGUGGUCAGAGGCGCUUUGAUUGCAUAGUUUCUUAACCGACAUGGCAUUUUGAAAUUCAGGUGUGGCUCCAUGCCAGCAGAUGGAGAGGGCACACUUGGUGUGAUUUCAGUUUCAAGCUGGGCAUCGUCAUAUGCUGAAAUGGUGAUGCUAUGGCUGUGAAGGACUGUUAGGAAAAGGACUAUGAGCCUAACUUCAUUCAAAUUUCAGAUUAUUUUUGGUUUGUCCUCCUUUGUUUUUUGUUUUUGAAGAAAAAAAGAAAGAUUUUUCAGUGUUACCAGUAGUAUAUAACCUGGAUUUUCAUUUGUUCAGACAUUUGUGAAGUGUUGACAGAGUAAGAGUGAGUUUCAGAGGAAAGAGCCUCUGCCUGUUAUAAAAACCCUGUCAAUGCCCUGGGUUCAGUGUUUCAGAUGUUUUGUCCGUUGUGAACAAGUUUAACUGGAGUUGAGCGCUUCUCAUUGAUAUGAAAAAAACAUGCAAGUACAAAGGUAUGCAAAAAAGUGUAAUUUUUACAGGAUUGAUAUAAAUCACUGACUGUUACCUUCUGAGAGGGCUUUCUUUUCAUGAAGAAUGUUGGUGAAAAUGAUCAUAUCUCUGCAAAUAGUGUGAGACAAAAUGAAUGGUCAAGGUGAAGCCUUGAAUUAAUUUAUGGAAUUGAUAAGGAAAUUGCUAAAUGAGAGAUUAUUCUGUAUUUGUUAGUUCUGUCAGACUUAUUUUGUAACAACACAAAAAUGAAAUUGAUGAAUUACAAAACUGACUUUUUGUACUCACAAAUCCAACCUACACAACUGCACAAACACACAGGAAAAGUAAGCUGUUUACAGCGUCUGUGAUGACUCUUACACCUCCUGUGCAUUUAACAGCUUCAAAUAUUUUCAGGGGUGAUUUUAUCGGUCUUGUUUUUUGUUUGCUCUUUGAAACUUUUUUGUUGUUAGAAAACAGUUGACCAUUGCUGUCGUAUCCCCACAGUAUGCAGGCAAGCUGUUUGUUUGGAGAUCUUUAAAGGCUGCCGCUUAUAACCAGCCAGAAGUUUACCUCUGAAACAUUCUCCUCUAUCUCAGCAAAGCCCUAGAUUUAGAAAUCAGCAAUGAAGACAAAAUGGAAAAAAACUGUUGAACUAAAAACAUUUAGUAAAAAUAAGGCAUCCAUCUAUAUUUCUUCAAUAAGAUUUCUUUUUUUUUUGUUCAACUUUUCAUUUCCUUUUGACAGUUGUCACUCAGUUUGCAGCAAGAGAGGAAUAAUAAUAAAAACUGAUAUAUUGUUGAACAGUA